AUGGCCACCACCGCGGCAAGCCAAGGGGGCCAGAUGGAGAACCCCACAAGUGCGGACCCAGCGUCCCCGAAGCCGCCCGAGCCGCUGCGUGCGCGGCGGCCGCCUAGCCGAAGCACCGCUGAGAACGAGGUCUAUGUGGCGCGCCGCCAAAGCCUAGCCGUUCUCUUCAAGAUUGUUAGGAAGCUCUUCGAUCGUGGCCACUCGGAAGUGCUGAUCCACGCCAUGGGGCCUUGCAUCACCAAAGCGCUCCAUUUGACGCAAGACGUGCUGCUGCUCUACGGGGACAGGGUGACCUUCCACGCCCGCCAUGGCACGGUGGACACGGUGGAUGCCGCCUGGAUGGUCGUUGAGUAUUUGCUGGAACUUUGCUCGGCUUCAGCAGCGUUCGAGGAACUCAUCGGAGAGUUGGAUGUUGAGCUUGAAGAGCGCAGAGUCUCGUCCCUGACGAUCCAAUUGCAGAUGCUGCCAGACACCGUCACGGUCACUUUGUCCUGGAACAUUGCGCUGUCGGAAGGGCCUGGGCAUUGGGGGGCAUUGGCCACCAGCAGCUCUGGGUUCCCAGAGAAAGCGAAGAACGAAGCUCCGCGAAGCGCCAAGGAUCGCUUGUGGGGCUGGUGGGAAAAAGGCGCGCAGGUGGAGGUGGAGAUGGGUUCAUGGGUGAAGAUCCUGCAGUAG